AUAAAACCUCAAAGUAUAGGUUGUUUUACCACUUUAAUUACAACUAUAAUUUUUAAUCACUCGCCCAUAGAUAGUUUACAAAACCAGCACUAACCCAAGUGUAUAAAAUACUUAACGACCACCAGAACCUCUCUAAAAGUCCACAGGUAAUUAAUCAUCACUCAAACUUCAUUAUACCCAACAAUAUACACAUGCAAGGGUUCCGACCCGCCAACUCAACCGGCACCCUGGGCCGCCACCUGGCUCGGCGGCUUGUCGAGAUCGGCGUCCACGACGUCUUCUCCGUCCCCGGCGACUUCAACUUAACCCUCCUCGACCACCUACUUGCCGAGCCCGGCCUCAACCUCAUCGGCUGCUGCAACGAGCUCAACGCCGGCUACGCCGCCGACGGCUACGCGCGUGCCAGGGGCGUCGGCGCGUGCGUCGUCACCUUUACAGUCGGCGGGCUCAGCGUCUUGAAUGCCAUCGCCGGUGCGUGCAGUGAGAACUUGCCGGUCAUUUGCAUAGUCGGUGGGCCGAACUCCAACGACUACGGCACGAAUCGGAUCCUCCACCACACAAUCGGGUUACCCGAUUUCUCUCAGGAGCUCCGCUGCUUUCAAACCGUCACCUGCCACCAGGCCGUGGUGAACAAUUUGGAAGAUGCACAUGAGCUAAUUGACACAGCAAUCUCAACAGCAUUGAAAGAGAGCAAGCCUGUAUAUAUCAGCAUAGGCUGUAAUUUGUCCGCAAUUCCUCACCCCACAUUUGCUAGAGACCCAGUCCCCUUCUUCCUUGCUCCAAAAGUAAGCAACCAGCUAGGGUUAGAGGCAGCAGUUGAAGCCACUGCUGCUUUUCUAAACAAGGCUGUGAAGCCUGUGAUUAUAGGUGGACCCAAAUUAAGAGUGAAAAAGGCACAGCAGGCCUUUGUGGAGCUUGCAGAUGCUAGUGGCUACCCAAUUGCUGUUAUGCCAUCUGGUAAGGGGCUGGUGCCUGAGCACCACCCACAUUUCAUUGGGACCUAUUGGGGUGCUGUGAGCUCUAGCUUCUGUGGUGAGAUUGUGGAGUCUGCUGAUGCUUAUGUUUUUGUGGGUCCUAUUUUCAAUGAUUAUAGCUCUGUUGGGUACUCCUUGCUCAUCAAGAAGGAGAAAGCGAUUAUUGUGGAGCCGAACCGUGUGACCAUUGGUGAUGGUCCAUCGUUUGGCUGGGUUUUCAUGGCUGACUUCUUAAGUGCAUUGGCCGAGAAGCUGAAGAAAAACAGUACUGCUGUUGAAAAUUACCAUCGGAUCUUCGUUCCCCCUGGCAUCCCUCUAAAGAGUGAGAGGGAUGAACCUCUGAGAGUCAAUGUUCUCUUUAAGCAUAUUCAGGAGAUUAUCACUGGAGACUCUGCUAUAAUUGCGGAAACUGGAGACUCAUGGUUCAAUUGUCAGAAGCUCCGCCUCCCUGAGAAUUGUGGGUAUGAAUUCCAGAUGCAAUAUGGAUCUAUUGGAUGGUCAGUGGGCGCCACUCUUGGCUAUGCUCAGGGCGCCAAAGAUAAACGUGUCAUUGCUUUCAUUGGUGAUGGGAGUUUCCAGGUAACUGCCCAGGACAUUUCAACAAUGAUCCGAUGUGGGCAAAACACCAUUAUUUUUCUUAUCAACAAUGGAGGCUAUACAAUCGAAGUAGAGAUUCAUGACGGUCCAUACAAUGUGAUUAAGAACUGGAACUACACUGGUCUUGUUGAUGCCAUCCACAAUGGCGAAGGCAAAUGCUGGACUACCAAGGUACGCACGGAGGAGGAUUUAACAGAAGCAAUCGCGAAAGCAACAGGGGAGCACAAGGAUAGUUUAUGCUUCAUUGAAGUUUUUGUGCACAAGGACGACACUAGCAAAGAGCUGCUGGAAUGGGGAUCCCGAGUUUCAGCCGCCAACAGUCGGCCACCAAAUCCUCAGUAGCAGAUUGGGAGUUGAACGAGUCAAAACUCGGAACAUCUGAGAGAAGAUAAAAAAAUGACUGUAUUUAGAAAUAAGAGAGAAGAACAGGGUAGGUAUCUGGGUUGGCCUCUCUGUUGUAACAAUGUAAUUUUUGCUGGCUUGUUGAUUAUGUGCGUACCUUGUUGAAUAUGUACGAGUUUGAAAUAUUCUAAAUCCAACCGGAAUUUACUCCA